AGCUGCCAUGCUUUUUCUCACAGUUCUUCCUUAUAUUCUGUUCUGUCACCUCCGGUCUCGGGAAUUCGGCGCUUACGACUAUUACCCAAGGGAUUACAUGUUCACGCUCAAAAUCACUGGAGGCUCUUACGUGCUCUCUUCCAACGGGCCAUCGAUUAUCUACCUACAAAAAGUCUUUCUUCCCAACCUGAGUUUGCUCGGUAUACAUCCGAGGUCCUUUGUCGAUUUGUCAAUGACGAAAGUGGAAAACCGAUUUCAUCCAGGUAGCCAACCAGACCUUUACAUCACUAUAGAGGAGCUGGAACUGGAAAUGUCUGUCAAUCCUCUUGUUGCGCCGCUGAAAAGACGGAUUGACUUGACCAAUCGGGGGGAAAUAUGGAAAGUAACCGCUUACGCUCACUGCCCAGACUAUGUCUCUUCGAGGUUCAAGCAGCUUCUUGAAAACGAGAUGUGCGCCGCUUUCCACUGCCAGCGAGGGCCUCGUGAUACGGGUACCUCAAGUCAUGCAGAGAACUCGGACCCGGAGAAGUCGAUUGAAGUGGAGUACGUGCAGUUUGUAAAUCCUGUUUUUCAACCACGUGAAGCUCACCUCUGUCACGUUCUGUUUGUUGCCGAAGCCUUGGAACCGGGAUGUAGCAGAAUCGACACGCGACACUCCCUAGAGCCCACCGAGUCAUACAUUGGACACGAGCUCACACGCGCAUUGCCCAUUGAAAUCAUCCAUCAAGUCGACAUCCCCAAGGUGGGAGAUGUGAAUACUUUUGUAUCUUCAGACGAGCAGGCCGAUGAGUUUAUACUGAAUCUCAUUCGAGAUGGUCUGCGUGGACUGCGGGCCGAGCUGCUUCAUGGCCAUGCCGUGGACAGCCAACAAUCCUGGGGGUUCAUGUCGCUCUACCAGCUGAUGGCUCCCAGUUAUGUGGACUGGAACGACGGGAGCAGGAGAGUGACAGCCAAAGCGUUCAGGGAGGACUAUCCUGGUCUAUACGUAACCCCACAAUCAAAUCCAGCGGAGGAAACAGCUGGAGCCAGUCCCGGUGCUGUCAACUGUUCGACCACAAGGGAGAUCUUCCAACAUUUCCGGGUUUGGAAUAAAGUGAAGGAGACCGAAUCCAGAUCGCAAGAAACAGGUCUUGUUCGGAAAGGCCUGGGAUUAGGCUGGUGAGCGGGUUGCUCCAGUCCGACAAGAGGCGCACGGUGAAGUGACGUUCGGAUGGUAAGAUUGACCGGUUACAGAAGAGCGUAGACUUAGCGUUGAGAUGUAGAAGAAGCGGUAUAGAUUUUAUAUGAUAGAACAAUAAGGACUCGGACGGAAAAAGGUGUGCGUUCUGGUCGGAGAAUGGUACCUUACUGCCCGGUCUUGCGAAAACCGCUUGCAUACCUCUCAUAUUUCUUUCACCGCAGAUCUGCCACUGGAACUCACUGUGGGAAAGUCAGUGUAGUCUGAAACAGCGCAGACGUAGAUAGUCCAUAAGUACGCAUAAUUUCUGGAAUUACACAUCGAAGUGGGCGGGAGGUGUAGGUAUUGUUUUGAUC